AUGAAAAAUAGAGAAAAGAAUGCAAAAUCAAUGAUAUCUUUGCUUGAUGACCCUAAAUCGGAGUACCUAAGAUAUUUGGGAGAAAGAAAGGUGGAGAACAAUGAGGAGGAUGAUGAGCUCCAAAUGGAUGAUUAUGUUCCUUUGACAUUUGAGGAGUUUUCAAAGAAGAGAUUCUGUUCAAUUCAUGAGCAACUGAAGUUUUGUAUGGUUAAUUUGUAUACCCACUUACCAACUUCUAUACUACGGUUAGAGGCAGUGAAGAAGAUGAUUAGAGCUUUGGCUUCGCUCAAAUCCUUUGAAACUGUGUUGCAAGGUGCCCGUGUAGGAAAUGAAGGGUUGUUAAAACAAGUUCUAAAUAAUUUCCAAGACACAGGAAGAAGUGUGGAUUGGUUCACAAAGUUGAAUAUGAGAGAAGAGUGCCUUCGUCUACUAAGAUAUCUGCAAUUAUCUCUGGCAUCCUCUGUUCCAGUUUUAACAGAAAAUUAUUCAAUAAAAAACUUUUGCUUGGGAAAUGCAUGCCUAGUGUUCUGUACUGCAUCAAGCUCUUCUAAAUUACAUGCAGAAGGAAAUAUACCAUUGGAAUUCUUAGUUAUCGAUGAAGCUGCUCAACUGAAAGAAUGUGAAUCAGCUAUUCCUUUACAACUUCCUGGUCUCCACCAUGCUAUUCUCAUAGGUGAUGAGAGGCAGCUCCCUGCUAUGGUUAAAAGCGAGAUAUCCGACAAGGCUGAAUUUGGAAGAAGUUUGUUCGAAAGACUAGUCAUGUUGGGGCACCAGAAGCACCUUCUUAAUGUCCAGUACAGGAUGCAUCCAUCCAUCAGCUUAUUUCCAAACACACAGUUCUAUGACAAACAGAUUUCAGAUGCUCCAAAUGUUAAAGAAAGAGAAUACCAGAAGCGUUUCCUUCAGGGCAACAUGUACAGCUCCUACUCUUUUAUAAGUAUUGCUCAUGGAAAGGAGGAAUUUGGUCUGGGGUACAGUCCCAAGAAUAUGGUUGAGGUUGCUGUGGUCUCUGAGAUAGUUGAGAAUCUUUUUAAACAAUUCUGUGACACAAAGAAGAAUGUUAGCAUAGGAGUGAUAUCACCAUAUAAGGCUCAAGUUUCUGCAAUUGAAGAGAGGGUCAGAAAAUACAACUCUAACAGUGGCUUCACUGUGAGUGUUCGCUCUGUUGAUGGGUCCCAAGGAGGUGAAGAUGAUGUAAUAAUUAUCUCUACUGUAAGAUGUAAUGGGAAUGGAUCAGUAGGUUUCCUUUCCAACCGACAAAGAGCAAAUGUGGCGCUGACUCGAGCAAGGUAUUGCCUUUGGAUUUUGGGGGAUGGGGGUACUUUACUCAAGAGUGACACUGUUUGGAAGAAACUAGUCCUUGAUGCCAAGCAACGUGGGUGUUUCUAUGAUGCCAAUGAGGACAAGAACUUGGCUCAGGCAAUUACUGCUGCCUUGGUGGAGCUUGAACAGCUUGAUAUUUUACUCAAUAACGGCUCUCUUCUGUUCAAAGAGGCUAUAUGGAAGGUUUUCUUCAACAAUGAUUUCCACAAAUCUAUAGCAAGGACUAGCAAUGCAGAGAUUCGUAAGGAAGUGAUAUCUCUUUUGGCAAAGCUUUCAAGUGGUUGGCGUCAGACCAAUGAGAAGAGAAACCUCAUUGUCCAUGAUGGGACUUCUUCUCAAGUUUUAGAGAUUUACAGGGUGGAUGAGCAGCUGAAUCUGGUUUGGACUGUUGAUAUUCUCAAGGAGGAUUCACAUCACAUUCAGGUUAUGAAGGUUUGGGAUGUUUUGCCAUUAUCUGACAUACCAAGACUAGCAAAGCAGCUUGACAUCUUAUUUGGAAGCUAUACAGUGGAUAAGAUGCAUCGCUGCAAACACAGAUGUGUUGAGGGGAGUUUGGUUGUUCCAAAGAGAUGGCCAGUGGACUCAAGUAGUGGUUCUGAAGCUGAUAGUAUGUGGUACCUCUCAAAACCAUUAUCCUCACUCAGUUUGAAGGAUGAGCCAGAAACAUCAACCACAACUCAUAGAAAUCCUUUCAAGUCUAGAAUGAAGAAUAAAUGGGAAGAUGUUGGCUUGAAGAAAAAGUCGGAAAGGUAGUAGAAUGACUGAUGAGAUCAUGAUCUUGGAAAAGUCUGGUAAUUUGGGGAUCUUUGGAGGGGUUUUGAGAAGAGUUUAGUAUUAACACUUGAAGCAUGAUAAAAUCCAGGUGCUUCUUUUGGUUCUCGUCUCACUUUGUAAGAAUGAUUGUAACUUAAGGUAUAUCCCUCUUUAUAUAGGACAAUAAGAGCUAUAUAUAGUUUAUUUUGGCAUUGAAACCCAAUCCUUCGCAAC